AUGGUAGACUUCCUUAAGAGAAAGUUGAUGGCUGUAACAGGCAACUACAUUACAAUAAAUUUAGAUGAAAAUAAAAAAAUUCAAAUUGAGUAUAAUGAACAUUAAAAUUAAACAAUACAAGAUCUUAUUAUCUAGAAUGUAAAAGAAAUAGCUAAUGAACAGUAAAAAAAAAAAGAUAAGACUGACUUAAGCAAAUAGUUCUGUGUUCUUAUAAGCAUUAAAGACAAAAGAGGAGUGAUUUUUAAGAGAGUAGCACACAAAUUUGAACUAAUUAAGGACUUGAAAGAGUUCGAUAAUGCUGAAAGUGUAGAAUUUGAUAUUGAAAGGUAUCAUAAUUUCUACGAAGAUGAAAGAAAGAAAAGACCAUUAUUUGUUUCUUAAAAACUGGAAUCAAAUGAUAAAUUUUUAAUGAAGGGAUAAUUGGAAAAAAGGAGUAAUAAAGAUGGGAAGUUUAAAAAAAAGCAAGUUGUUCUUUAUAAGAAUCAUAUUCAAUAUUAGUAAGGAAGUAAAGCAAAAACAAUACCUUUUGAAGAAAUAAAAGUAGUAGCUCCUUCCACCGAUUAAUAAAUGAAAAACACCUUUUACUUAAUUACAAAUUAAAGGCGUGAUGGUCAUUUCUUUAAAGCAGAGUCUCUAAUAAACAUGAAUAAAUGGAUUAGCAGUUUACAGCAGAAUUUAAAUUACUACAGAGAUAUGAAAUUAACAACAAAUUAUGAUGAAUAGAUAGAAAAAAAGAAUAGAGAAGUAACUUUGAAAAUACAGAAUCACACAAACUCACUCCUUUAUCAUCUUGAAGAUAUUGUAAAAAAAUCCCACAUGGUUAGGAGUUUAUACAAAUUUAUAGAAAAAAAUUUAGCAUAACUUAAUAAAUUAGAUAAAGAUCUUUUAUUUUAAGUUAUUUCUAUAAACCAUGAUCCAUAAAACUUUGAAUAAAACUUAGAAUACUUGCGUAAAUAUCUGUGUGAUUAAAGCGAAAACACUUUCACAGACUUUUUAAAACAAUAAAAAAUCAUCAAUUAAUUUAGUAAUUUAUCUGAAAAAACUAUUAAAGAAUCAAAGUCUGUUGAGAAUGGAAUGAAUAACAGCGACCAAGUAGAUAAUCUUAAUAAAUCAAUUAAUUUGAAUUCUUAAAGGUAUAUAAGAGGAGGUGGAAGGUUGUUAAGUAGUUAUUAAACUUAUUCUUCUUUCAAUAAUGAUACUCUAGAAUCAAGAUUAAAAACAAUUACUAAGCCCAUUGAAAGAUUAAACUUCAUAUUUAUUUCAUACAUGAACUACCAAUAUAAAGCUACUUUUAAAUUCUCUGAAAUAAUUUCUAAAAUUUUGUGCAACUUCAGAACGGAAAAUUUCCACUACAAACCCGAAAUUAAUUUAUUUUAAUUCCACCUUGAUCACUAAGAAAGGAUGAUUCCAAUAUACAAAGACUACUAAAUGCAGCUAGAAAAAUCUCACACUUUUAAAUUAGAUGAAAAAGAUAUUAAACCGUACAUACAUAAUGUUAUUUUUUGA